AUGUCGUCCAUGCGCAAUGCCGUCCAACGGCGAAACCACAAAGAGCGUUCGCAACCCCAGGAGCGCGCGAAAUGGGGUCUCCUCGAGAAGAAGAAGGACUAUGUCCUUCGAGCGCGCGAUUACAACGCAAAGAAAAAGGCGCUUAAAUCCCUCCGUGCAAAGGCCUCGACGAGAAACCCGGACGAGUUCUACUUCGCCAUGACUUCCUCGACCACUCGCAACGGGAUCAAGGUUACGGAGCGCCCUGACUCGGAGGCAAUGAGCACUGAUGUCGUCAAGCUAUUGAAGACGCAGGACGCGGGGUAUAUUCGUACGCAGAGCGCGGUGGAGCGGAAUAAGAUCGACAGGCUCGAGAAGGAGCUCGGCUUUAUGGAUACUGCGGAGGGGGUCGGCGGGAAGCAUAUGGUUUUCGUGGACAGCGAGAAGGAGGCAAAGGAUUUCAAGGCCGAAGAAUACUUUGGCACACAUAAGGACCUUGUGGGACGGAAGUUCAACAGGCCAAGGUUAGAAACACUAGCAGAGGUGGAGGUGAAGGGCAGGGGGGUAGAUGGUGAAGAAAGGAAAAUUAGGAAACAAAGAGAAGCGAAGUACAAAGAGUUGGAAGCGAGGAUGAAGAGAGCCGAGGAACUGGCGGCCGCGGAGAGGGAGCUGGCGAUGCAGCGGGAGAGGAUGAAGAAGGGUGGAAUGGUGGCGAAGAACAAGUGGGCCAGAGUCAGGAGAAAGUAG